AUGCCGGAGCCACGACCGGAAUUUUCUUCUGCUCGUCGUAACAAGACCAAUCUCUACUACCGUUGUAACAAAACCUCGUUCACCGCCGUCACCACAACCUCGAAUACAAAGGAUGCGAUUAUGGAUGACCACAUCGACGAAGGAAGCGUCACCGGAUUUAGCAUAAUCCAAAACGAACCCAGCCAAUUUGGUGAUAAUAGUUCAUAG